AUGGUUGAAAAAGUGACAUCUAUCGCACUCCAUGUGGCUCUCACGACAAUUCUCCUUGUUGCAUCCCUUGUCAUGUCGGAUGAUACGGCGCCGGCGCCCGCCGACAAGUCACAACUAGACAACUGGUUCAACAGCAUUGUCAAGCCCUACACGCAGAGAGCGGCUACUCUAGACCCUGCACUCGUGGCGGCUGAGAAUAGUUCUAAAGUUAUUAAGGUUAGCAAAACCGGGGGAGGGAAUUUCAAUACCGUCUCUGACGCCAUUAAAAGCAUUCCGCCGGGGAAUACAAAACGUGUCAUUGUGCAUAUUGGACCUGGAGUAUACGAUGAGAGAAUUAGAAUUGACUGGACUAAGCCUUUUGUUACUUUCUACGGAUCGCCGGCAAAUAUGCCAACUUUGACAUCUUCUGGGACGGCGGCACAGUAUGGAACAGAUGAUAGUGCCACCUUGGUUGUCGAAUCUAAUUACUUUGUUGCUGCAAACAUUAUUCUUGUGAAUUCUGCGCCAAGGCCUGGGAACGGCAAAAGUGGAGGGCAGGCACUUGCAAUGAGGAUCGCUGGCGACAAGGCUGCCUUCUAUAAUUGCAAGUUCAAAGGAUUUCAGGAUACCGUCUGUUCCGACCAUGGCAACCAUCUCGUUAAGAACUGCUACAUUGAAGGCACUGUCGAUUUCAUUUUUGGGAGUGGCACUUCUCUUUAUUUGAAUACUGUAUUAAAUGUACCUGGGGAUGGUGGGUUCACGGCGAUCACAGCACAUGGGGAACUUCCCUCGGAGACCAAUGGAUUCUCGUUUGUGCAUUGCAGCGUAACAGGCACUGGAAAUGGUACAUACUUGGGAAGAGCAUGGAGACCCUAUUCCAGAGUGAUUUACUCCUACACUACCAUGAGCGGCAUUGUCAAUCCUCUUGGAUGGAGUGAUAACUCACACCCAGAACGUGACAGAACCGUUUACUAUGGAGAAUACAAAUGCUCAGGACCGGGUUCAGAUCUUUCUCGCCGUGUCCCGUAUACAAAGAAAUUGAGUGACAAUGAAGCCCGACCAUUCCUCGCCCUUCACUUUAUUCAGGCUUCCUCAUGGUUGCUCCCUCCUCCAACGCUGUAA